AAAAAGAAAAUAAAACCUUCUUCAAGUAACUGCUUAUUCCAUUCCAUAGACACUAAAAUAAGUGCUUUUCUUACUCUCUUAAACAUAUAAUAGAAGUUUGGAAUAUUUUUUAAGUUAUAAAUUACUUUUUUUUUAGAUCAUUUCAACCUCAAAACCAUGAGAAAGAAAAUAUGGUUUUUUCUUUGCCUAGCUUUCAUGGAAUGCUGCUAUCUUGGCAUGGCUAGGGGAAUUGUGGUGCAAGAGAAAUCAGAUACAGUGAUUCCAGUUCCAGAUGGAACACUGUCACCACCAGAAGGCAACACAACUUUCCUUGAUGGCACAACAUGGUGUGUAGCACAAGCUGGUGUUUCCCAAGCUGACUUGCAGAAUGCUCUAGAUUGGGCUUGUGGACUUGGAAUGGCUGAUUGUAAAGCCAUACAGAAAGGUGGACCCUGUUAUGAUCCAGACACACUGCUUUCUCAUGCUUCUUUUGCUUUCAAUAGCUAUUAUCAGACAAAUGGAAAUUCUGAUAUUGCUUGCAAUUUUGGAGGAACUGCUAGUUUGACAAAACAGAAUCCCAGUUAUGGAAACUGUGUCUAUUCUUCACCUGGCUCUGUUGGUUCUUCUGCUCCACCUUCAUUGGGAAAGCAUAACAAAAGUUUAGUGUGGUUGAAGCUCAUUUCUCUGCUAUUGUUUUCAUACUAUUGGAUGUGACAAAUACUAUGUUAUGGUCGGUGGACAAAAGGAAAAAGGAAUUAGAGGAAUGUUAGGGAGUGUAGCUUUGUUAGCAUUUUGUAAUAGUGGUCAUGUUGAUUAUGCUAAGGUAUUCUUAGCUUUCAUGUUGGGCUAAGACAGGAAUCUAUAAUUGUGCAAAUUAUAUCUUUUUGCAGUGUACUUAAUUUACAAACUGUUCGUUUCUUUUGGCGCCUCAA